CCUUUCAGUUCUCUCAAGAGGUUAUGAGAUGGCAUUCUCGUUAACCUGGAAAUGUUGGAUCUUUCUUCUAACUCUCUUCUUCUUUUCUGUCUCCUGCUGCAUAUCAGAGGGCGACCCAACGUCUCAAAUCGUGGGGAGAGCGUUGCAGUGUUUCGACAAUGGUUAUAUAUACAAAAGGUGCUACGAAGCUUAUAGACUGACGGAGAGCGGGCGGCUGGACGUGCCCCGUCAAGAAACCGACGCAUUCUGCGGAGGGCCUUGCUUUGUGGAGACGGACCUGGUUCUCCGCUGCGUCAGUCAUGUAUUAUCUCACUUCACAUUUUACAAUAGAGCCACCCUACGAGACGUCAGAAACACACUCAGGGCCGGAUGCAGCUACGGUCGAGAUAGAGGAAACUUCAACGUGUGGUACUACAUGUAUCGUGCCAACGACGGUUACUACGGCGACCCUUAUAACCGUUUUCAUUUUGACAGUGCCCACAAGGCAGCCCUCAACCCCAUGCACAUAUACCUCCCAUUCAUCUUAGGGCUUCCUUUGUUGUUCUAGUAUCACUAGUUCAUCUAUCAAUUUUCUUUAAUAGGGACAAGAAGAAGAAAACAAGAGGAGAGGCUCCUUAAUGAAUAUAUACUUGUAAUUUUUUUUAUGGG